GUUUACUACUGUUUAAUCCUUAAUUUGCCGACAAAUUUGCUAAUUUGCCGACUAAGUACCCCUAGAUGGUAAAAAAACUCCUCGUUUUCGCAAGGUAAUUUUUUCAAAGGGGUGUCAUACCCCCACACGCCCCCUAUAGCGACGGGCCUGCCUCCACGCAACUUUUUUGCUGAAGUAUGAUUUUAAGACUGUAGCCAACGUAUCUGGAGCCCUCCCCCACUCUAAAAUGUGACCGGUGUCCCUGUUAUAUAUGUUUAAAGUUGGCGGGAUAAGGCCAAUUAAGAUUCGAAGUUUGUGAAUGGUUUACUCUAUCUUUGUAAUUAUUGCAUAGUUCAAGAGAUUUAGAACCGAAACAAAAUUGCAUUGAUUUGAUGGAGAAAGAGCCUACGCCUUAAUGGUCACACCCCAGCUUAUUUGAUAAAUUUAACUGGUUUUGUCUAUUUAGAAAUAUUUCACGUUUUUUAAAAAUCCAAGGGUCUGGGUCCAAAAAGGUAGUUAUGCUAGGGCAAGUUCAUAUUUAGACAAUAUUUAGCAAUAAAAAUAGCUUUCUUUGAAUAUUUGCGAAAUGUAGCAGAAGAAAGCAUUCAAGAAGUAAUUAAAGUUUGCAGUUAAAUCUUGGAUCAGUAUUGUUAAAAACUAAUUAAUCUUUUAUGGUAAUGUGCAAGAAAACAGAAUUAACAAUGAGUAGCCGUUACUUGCCUGUCAUUUGCCAAGAUAAAUUAGGGUAAUGCAUACAUUCAAAGACCGAGAUACAACUUUUUGUUUGGGGGGGGGCAGCCCUGAUAAAUCAUUAUAACAACAGCCAUAUUUUGCAAAAUAAAAGUAUUUUACUUAUUCAGCGUAAGUUUCUUUUGGGGGCCAAGGCCCCCCGGCUCCCCCGGUAUCUCGGUCCUUGCAUACAUUUCAAUAUUUCAUUCGCUAUGGAAAAUACCUACCCUGAGUACCAGAGCCGUAGGUAGGGUCAAAAAAUGCAAAUUUUGGAAUGCUAACAAGAGGGGCUUGAAAGGGUAAGCUGGGAAAUAGGAUUCGCGGGGGGCAAGGCUAGCAAAAGUAGAGGGUCAAGGCAUCUUCCCCCUUUACUGCAGCUUUAAAACUACUUGCUUCGCAAAAACGUUGGGGGUACGGCCACCCCGGCCCCCUUGCUUGACUGCAAAGUAAGUGAAAAUUUCUUUGAACUUUCAACACAAAUUUAAAAAUCUUCAGUAGUACAUCUGCAAUUCUUUCCUCUCGUGUUUUCCGAUUGAAAAUAAUAUCGAUAGCAAAAACGUGCGCGAGCAGAUACAAAAAACGAUUUACCAACCAACGGCAAAAAGUUCUUACUUUACCAAUGAAAUUUUGCCAAAAUUCUGUAAAGAAAUUUUGAGGCAAGGGUGGCCAUAGGACGGGGUGAUGUCCUCUCUCCAUGGCAAGAACACCAGCCUCGUUUACGACAACAAGCGAACCUCUUUUCAAAAAUUGAAGUGAAAAAGUUUACGACUUCCCUUCGCGGACUUUCAUUGUUUGUUUCACGAAAUAUGCUAGAAAUUCACACAUUUAGCAAACAAGUGUUCAGCUUUAUGAUUUAUCAAUGGCUCUAGCUUCGAGGUGAGCUACAUUAGCUAUAUAUGCAGUAUGUUUGAUCAAAUAACAAUUGUUGUUUGCAAUGUAAGUAAACAUGUGCAUUCUUCGUGCGUUUCAGUGACAUAUCUGGAAAACUGUUUGUUAAUGUCCAGUUUGUAUAUUGAAUUCCCACAUAGAAGAGGAAAUGUCGCUUUUAAAUUAAAAUACCUGUUACCUAUCCAUGCUAUUUGUUUUGGCUUUAAUAAAUCAAUUUGCAAAGUUAAAUUUUAUUUCUGAUGUUGAGUAUGUGACAUAAUUUAAUUAGGUUAUGCUUGUAUGAGUUAUUUUGAGAACUUUUGUUUUUUCACAGAAAUCGUUCGAAAGAUAUUUUAGAAUAAAACAUACAGAAUUUCAACUUUCUUAGAAAUAUAAACAUUUUUUGCAGGACUCAAACUUGAAAAUGGAUAUAAACCAUGGAAAUUAUUUCACCCAAAGUUAUAAGCACAGGAAGCUGUAGUUUAAAAUAUCUGAGGAAGUUUCAUGGAUAAGAAAGAAGAUGAAGAGGAAGGAGACUCUUCUCCAAAAUCCCCAACUCUUCAUACUUUGAAGACAUUGGAAAGAACCUGGACAGGGAGUAGCAAUGGAAGCAUUCAGCAAUGGAUUGACAGUUUAAAUGAAGGUGACUGGCAUGAGUUAAAUGAAGGACAAUCAACUAGCCCGCAAGAAAUAGAAACUGUUACAUACAGUAACAUCCAUUUCUUGCCAGUUCCUUGUGGUACAGAAGAUGAGCUACAUUUGGGUGCAGAUGCUAGGUCCAUUUCUUAUGAAGGUUCAGAAAGAGGAUUGUCUAUGUCACCAAGACUAUCUCCAUUACUAGAUGACAAAUUGGAGCUUCCAUUAACUACUGACAAAAGCAAUGGCCAUAUAAUAAGUGAUGACACAGCAGGCAUUGAUGAAAAGAUCUACGAAGAAAAGACUGAAUCAAUGCCAAAAGCCCAAGAUCUUGAGAAGCCAAUGGCCCAUGUUAAAAAUGAAUGGAUGUACGAGCACAGACAAAAUUCAUUUUCAAGCAUUAACAGUGUGUCUUCGCUGUUGGCUGCCACUGAAAUGGACCCUGAGGAUAUGUUGGCUUCCCUUGGAUUUGGUGAGGAAUUUUCGACCCCAUAUCAUAGGAUUCCUGCUCGGUUUUUUAUAAAUCCUUCGCAAGCUAACGGUAUCGAUGUCGACGAUUUCUGCUCCAAGUUCCUCGACGCGGAUCAUCUGAAAGCAAGGGGUUUGGAGAGUACAAGAAUAAAUGUCUUAGGCAGUAGAUUCACCCGUAGUAGCAUAGAUCUAUCAUGGGUUAAUUCGGAUGAUAAACUACUUGCGAAAAUGAGAAGAUUGAAAUUCAGACAGUCAUCAGUCCCGUCAAUAACUGUGAAUGAUGAUUAUGAUGACCGUGAUGGCUCAUCUAGUGAUAAAGCUUCUGCGACACGUGUACCUGGAAACCUAAGAUUGAGUACUGUUGAAGAGGAGUACGAGCCGAGCAGUCGCAAGUCAAGCUUCUCCAGAUCUUUUUCAAAGGAAAAGGCCAAGCUAUCUAAGCAAGAACGUUUCGAAGUCGAUGUCAAAGAAACUGCCCCCGCUUCUGCUAAUGGAUUGAAUGAGGGGAGGCUACCUGGAAAAGACCAUAAACAGUUUACCAGUGUAGAAUCAGAUGACAAUGUUUUUGAACGAAAAGAAAGUAUUGAUGUGAAUUGCGUGAUCGGAAAGUGUAGGCAGACGAAUGGAUCGAAACAGGAAACUUUGCUGCCUGAUUGUUCAAAACAAUACAAUGGGCUGGGAGUUGGAAUCGAAACUAGAAAUGAAUUCUGCGAAGGAGAAGCAGAAAAAGCGGAAAAAAUUGGAGAAAAUUCCAAUACUCAGGAAUGUAAAAAAAGUUCAAGCAUUUCGUCUUACAAAAACAUUUUAGAUGAUGAUUUGGAGGAUCAAGAGGAUUUAUUUCGGUGGGAUAGGAACAAUAAUACUGGACUAAACGGGCUGGAUAAGGCAAAAUUUAAAAGCACUCCAAAGAAAUUCAGUGAACCCGUGGGUUACCAGAAUCACAAUGGAAUAGUUACACGAAAGCAUAUUUUUGACGACGAGGAAAAAGUUUAUCUCCAAGAUGACAUUUUUACCGAAAGGACACCCAGUUCUGGUGAAAAAAUUCGUGGAGAUUCCAAAGAGGAUAAAGAAAUUUUAGAAGUAUAUGACGAAAAGAAACAAAAAUUUGAAGAUAAUAUAGAUAGAGUUGAUCCUAGCGAAUUCUCGACAAUUUCAGACCAUUCAUAUCAUGAUAGCAUCGAGGACUCCGUGGAAGAUAAAUUACAGGUCAUAGAAGUUCCUUUAGAGGAAGAAAAGAACUUUUCUGAUGACUCUCUCGAAAAAUCUAUAAAUGACGAUAAUAAAUCAGCACAUUCUGAAUAUGAAACAGACUCAAUAGAAAACCACGAAGAGCGAGAAGACCAUAUAGAGGAAGAUAAUGGUAUGGAGCCUCACACCCCAUCAAGGGUUGUCUAUAGGUCUCUUGGGAAAAUAGAAAACCUUAAGACCCCCGAACAUGGAGACAGUCGAGAGACGGAGAGUAGUCACCAAAGAGGAUUUGGAGAGAGCUUGAAAUUACAUGGAGAGGCUAUAAUAGAGAACAUCCCAUUUAUUUCGAGAAGAAGAACAGUCUCAGUGGAGUCUGAUGUUGUCGAAAAAGUAUUCACCGGAGAUGAGUCUCUCAGUUUGGGAGGCACGUCGCAAAGUUCGACGAAAAAGCCGUCAAGGCUUAGAAAUUAUUUGCGAAGGCUAGCAAGCGGCCGGAUCCGCAGCUUUAUGUCUCUAGAGAGUUUGAAUAAUGCUAAUUUACUAAAUGGUGAUCGUAUGUGUAAAAGCCAUGAAAAUCUCACAUGUGAAGAAGAAUCACCCAGCACUCAGGCACUUUCGCAAAGUUGUUUAGAAGAUCACGUGGAUCGAAAUGAGACUUACCGAUCCAGAAGGUCAGAAAAGUUAAGAAGUUUGACAAAGCAAGAGGUCAGUAGAGAGGAGCUCUUAAAUUCAGAAUUAAACAGUCUUGGUUCAAAAUCAGGAACAGUUGGUCAUCCAUGUCAAAGAACGUCUGGAGAAUUCGAAAGGCGAAAUGGAGUAAACCAAUCACAAACGGAAAAUUCGCUCGAAUAUCAUUGCAGUUAUCUGGUGACUAAAAAAGGUGGCGCUGCGUAUACAAAUGGUAAUGCUGAUAAUAAGGCCAGGGGAGAGAACGUGAGCCGAGGCAGGGCAAAAGGUUUAUCAAAAGGUUUUAGUGUAGAGAGUAGUGGAUUUGAAGAUGAGAAUGAUGUAUCCAAAUCAGCAGCGGUACGGGAAUAUAAUGAUUGCGAAAGGAAACAUGCUUGUUUAGAAUUUAAUGAGAACACAAUGGGUAAUGCAUUAUUGGGGGUGGUAUCUGGAACUAGUGCAUCACCGAAAUCUGGACCACGGAGUAGCACACCAACUGACUCCUUGGUAUCUGUUGUGGAUACAAACCAGUUUGAAUAUCUAGUGGGACAAAUGUCGUCCUUACGAAAGGAAGUUAAAGAGCAGGAGGAGAGAGUCAAAACGUACAUAGAUGAAAGCAUGGAAAGGAUCAGAAGCUCAUUUCUCACAGAAAUGUCAAUUCUAAAUGCUUCUUUAAAAACGCGAUCAGCAGAUAACUCUCUUAACGGCGAUAUUAAUGGAUGACAUUAACAAAUGAACAUUGGGCAGUAACAAAUAAGCACCAACUGGUAUUUUAAGAAUUAAAUAACUUAUUUUCUUAUGUCACGAUAAGAAUUGCUAAUACUUUUAUAAUCAUUGAAGUUGAAUCAAAAUAUUUCAUAGUUUCAAUUUGGAUAUAAAGAUGUAAAAUAAUUUUUUUACUGUUGACGUAUAAUCACGUAUGUUGUAUUGCUCGCAUAUCUCAUUUUUAACCUUAUUCCAACCUAUAAAUGUUGUUUUGUUUCUAUUUUUGUUGGUAGAUGUAGAUGAGAUGUUAGUUAUUAGUUUAGGUGAUUACUGCAUUUAUUUGUUAGGUAGCAAGUUUUUUUGACAGGUAUGAGAAUAUAUUUUUUAUGUAAUUCGAAGAAUGGAAAUGUCACUAAAAUUUGGAGGGCUUAUCAGGAUGGCAAACUCCAACUUGGUUAACACAUUUUGUACGGAUUUUUCCCGGAUGCUUUCAUUGAAAUUUUCCAUUUCAGAGUCCUAUUUUAAGUUGUAUUGCAGGGAGUCAAAAUUAAAUUUAGAAGUUUAGGGUGAACUCAGGAACUCGUUGCGAAAGCUUUGUCUAAUUAUCAUUUAGCUUCAUUGAAUAUUGGGAACCAUGGCCCCUCCGAAACCCCUCUUCCCUCAUUUUUGGGGGGCCUCUGUUAUGUUGUCAGAGGCAGAACCUAGAAAAAGCGAUUAAAUUCUUUGUUGUAAAUUUCUACGUUCGACUGCCAUAUUCCACUUUAUAAGGUAUUUAUAAAACUUGCUGGAAAACUUAGGACCCUGUCCUGGAGUCUUUGCAAUGUUGCUGAUUUUUUUAUCAUUAACAAUCGAUAAGAAAUUUGAAGAAUCUAAUUCAAAUUUGCUUGUUUGCUAAUGGUCUUAAUUUUUCUUACUCUUAGUUAGAAUUACAUGUUAAUUAAAUGAAACGUAA